CUUCUGAGGAACAUGAUGUGAGAUUUACUUACACAGAGAGUUUUACAUUGAGCUACGCAACGUUUUAUAGCGUACAUUGUGAAGAAUGGCGUCUAUGGAGGAAGAUUUUCCUCGUGGUGGGACAGAGAAGAAGACCACCGAGUCCAAAAAUGUUAAGGCACGAGACGUGGACAAUCUUUUUGAAACACGUGAAACAGUGGUUACAAAGAAGAGAAAGGUCGCGCGACAGGAUGAAAAGCAAAAAACAAAAGAACAGAAAGUGGAAAGAGGGGAUUUAAAACUUAAUACUUCUACCACUGUGGAAAUUCUUCAUUUACGGAAUCUGAAGAUUGGCACUCUGAUGCUGGGUUGUGUGAAGGAAGUGUCGGACUUUGAGGCGGUAGUUGGUUUUUCCAGCGGUCUUGUUGGUUACCUGCCAAUCUGCAACAUUUGUGACUCCUAUACCAGUAUUCUUAAGGACAACCUGGACUCUGAAGACAGUUUAAAGGAAGUUGUCCCUCUCCCACAACUGCUUACUCCUGGAAUGCUGAUCAGAUGCGUUGUGUCGUCUCUCGACUCCAUUAAGGAGGGUCAUACUAGUCUUAAAGUGUCAAUCAACCCUAAAGGGGUUAACAAGGUGUUGAGUUCAGGUUCUUUGAAACCUGGAAUGACACUGAGUGGUUGUGUGGAGAGUGUGGAAGAUCACGGCUUCCUGGUUGACAUCGGAAUCAGUGGCACUAAAGCUUUCCUGCCCAAACAAAGCACUUCCUCAAAAAAAGAUCUGAAUGUGGGUCAGUACAUGACGGUCCUGAUAGAGGAAGUCAAGAACGAUGGACGUGUGGUGCGUCUGUCCCAGGAUCCCCAGGCUCUUGGAAAGGCCUGUGCAGAGACUCAGCAAGGAUGGACUCUAGACACACUCCUGCCGGGACUUCUGAUCCGGGGGCACAUCAAGAGGGUUACUCCUCAUGGGCUUAUCGUGACGUAUCUUUCAUCUUUUACUGGAAUGGUUGACUUUCUGCACCUUGAUGAGGACAAAGCAUCUACCUACAACACAGGAGAUGAGGUCCUGGCGCGGGUUCUGUAUGUGGAGCCAUCCACGCGGCAUGUGGGUCUGUCCCUGCGCAGGCAUCUCCUGCCACCAGGCGGCGCUGUGCUGGAUGACAUCUCGAGUGAGCGGGUGAGUGAGGUGGUGCAGGGCUGUAAGAUGUCUGCUUUGCACCAUCACUCUGGAGCCUUGAUGAAGAUGCCUGAUGGGACCGCAGCCUUUGUGCAUAAAAACCUCACGAAGGAGGCAAAAGAAGAAUUCAACCCAAACCGCUUGCUGACCCAGCCUAAGCACACUCUGAGAAUCAUAGAUUACAGUCCUAUGGAGCGAAUGCACAUGGGCACACUGCGCAGGAGCACUGUUCAAACCGAGUUGUUCAGAUAUCAAGACAUCAAAGUGGGACAAAUUGUUGAGGGUACAGUUACGGAUUUGCAGAAACAUGGUGCGUACGUGAGGAUAACGAACCACAUCAAAGGAUUGAUCCCCAAAAUUCACCUGGCCGAUGUUGUCUUAAAGAACCCAGAGAAGUUGUUCACUAAUGGACUGAAGGUCAAGUGCAGGGUGUUGUCAUUGGACGCUCAGCAGAAGAAGUUGUGCCUGACCAGGAAGAAGGCCCUUGUUGAGUCCACACUCCCUCUCUUCCUGUCCUACGCUGAUGCCAGGGUGGGCCGCGUCUCCCACGGCUUCAUCGUGUGUGUGAAGGACUUUGGCUGCAUUGUUCGUUUCUAUGAAGAUGUGAAGGGUCUGGUUCCUAAGCCGGAACUGUCCACAGAGUAUGUGGCUAAUCCAGAAGAGCUCUUCUUCGUUGGCCAGGUUGUCCAGGCCAAAGUCUUGGAUUGUGAUGAAGAAAAAAAGACGCUACGUUUAUCCUUCAGGGCCGUUACUGAGGGAGACGUAAAAGAGGCACAGACUGCCAAAUUUGACUUUGUGGUUGGAAAGACGGUUGAAGUAAAAGUGCGCCGCAAAGUCCUGGAUGGUCUGGAGGUCUCCAUUGUUCCUGAGGAGGUGCCAGCUUUCAUACCCACAGUGCACCUCUCUGACCACGUGACCAACUGCCUUCCCCUGUGGAUGGUGCUGGAGGAGGGCGACACCAUCUCUAAUAUAAUGUGUCUCAGCAAGACCAAGAAGAAGGGCAUUACUCUCACUAAGAAACCCCUGCUGAAGGCCUGUCUGGAGGACGACGGCAUCCCCAAAAACUUCUCUGAGCUCCAGGUGGGGAUGCAGAUGGUCGGUUGGGUGAAAAACAUCAUGCCUUAUGGAAUCUUCGUCGAUUUCCCGUAUGAACUCUUCGGCCUCGCUCCUAAAGCUGCCAUGGGUGAUCAGUUCAUCACAGACACCUCAACUGUCUUUGACAUCGGCCAGACGGUUGUUGCCAAAGUCACCAAUUUGGAUGAAAAGAAGAGCAGGUUUCUGGUCAGUCUGAGGGUGUCCGAAUUGAGUCUCUCAGAGGAAGGGUCCCAAGCCAGACUGAUCCAGGGUCUGAAGGAAAGGAAGGCCAUCUUUGAGAUGAUGAAUUGCAGAGGCGAGUCUGACGUUCUGCAGCAGCUCUCUGCUGUAUCACUCGGAGAUAAACUGAAGGUGACGGUGGGAGAUAACAUGGAGGAUGGCUCAGUCGCACUGACCUCAGAUCAGCUCAGUGAAGCCACUGUAUUGGUCUCAAAGUACCACACAGAAGGUGUGAAUGUGAGUCCAGGCUGCAAACUCACUGCAGUGAUUCUCCAUGUGGACCUUUCGAAGUCUGAGGUCCAUGUGUCGCUGCUUCCAGAGCUGACAGCGGCGAUGAGGAAAAAGUUGGAAAAGGACUCCAAACUCACUGCCACUAUCCAGUACACCGACAAAGACUUUGCUGUUGUCUCACUGGGUGACACUGGUCACCUGACCAACAUUCCCACUCACACACACUUAAAUGACAUCUUAAAUUCAAAUAAAUUUCUCGUCGGUUCCUGUCUGAAUGUGACCGUGGAGGAGCCCAGCAGCGAGGAGUUGGGAGGACUUCCUCUUGUCGAGUGUCAGAAACAGGACUCCACGAGAGGAACGCAGAAACGGGAGCAGAGAAAAUCUAAGAGCACAGAUCUUGGGGAAGUGAUGACGGUGACGGUAAAGAAGGUGAAGCCCAUGGAUGUGGUGGUGAUGCUGCCGUCGGGAACCGCAGGAAGUAUCCAUGUAUCUCAGAUUGAGGAGUCACCAGUGGUUGGCAGCUUCCCAACAUCAUCCCUGAAGGUCGGGAGCAAGGUCGAAGCCAGAGUGAUUGGAGGGCACACAGUUCAUGGUCACAAGUUCCUGCCAAUCUCUCAUCCCGACUUUAAGGUUUCCCUGCCUGAACUCACUCUUCUGCCCAGCAAACUGAAUGAUGCUGACAAGAAGACAGUUGACAAAUUGAACUACAAACCUGGAGAUGAAGUCAUAUGCUUUGCAUCAAAGUUCUUCAAAGAAUCACAAUGCUUAGAAGUCCAUGUGAAGCCCAACGUCAUGGGAACCGUUGAACUGUUAGCCAUGAUUAACAAACCUAGCCAAGCUAAACACCCACAGACGCUUUUUAAACUGGGGCAGACUAUUUCUGCAAAGGUUGCUGGUCUUGGUACCAGUAGGCCUUUUCGUCUUUCCCUUUCACUCACAGGGAUGUACAAGCUGGAGCAAGGGGUGAUCACCAUGGCGAAGGUUCGGAAAAUUGUGCCUCACAUGGGACUGUUUCUCCAACUCCCAUUUGGGAAUUCGGGUUUGGCUUCGGUAAUGGAUCUCUCUGAUGAAUUCACAGACAACCCGCUAGAGCCUUACAAGCUGGGCCAACUAGUCCGGUGCUACGUUAUUGGGGAGGAAAAUGGAAACUUCAACGUUUCAUUACGUCCCUCCAGAUGGUUUGAGCGUCUGCUCCUGUCAUCUCCAGACAGCUCCCUCCUCUGGCUGCAGUACAUGGCUUUCCAUCUGCAGGCCACGCAGAUCGAGCAGGCGCGUGCGGUCGGCGAGAGAGCCCUCAAAACCAUCUCCUUCAGAGAGGAGCAGGAGAAGCUGAAUGUGUGGGUGGCCAUGCUAAAUCUGGAGAACAUGUACGGGACACAGGAAAGCUUGCAGAAAGUCUUUGAACGGGCCAUCCAGUAUUGUGAACCUCUUCAUGUGUAUCAGCAGCUAGCCGAAAUUUAUGCCAAGUCGGACAAGAUCAAAGAGGCUGAGAAUCUUUAUAAAAGCAUGGUGAAACGCUUCAAACAGGAGAAAGCUGUAUAUCUGAGUUAUGGCAACUUCCUGCUACGACAGCAUCAGAGCGACGCUGCAAAUGCCCUUCUGCAGAGGGCGCUGCAAAGCCUGUCCAAUAAAGAACAUGUGGACCUGAUUGCCAAAUUUGCCCGGUUGGAGUUUCAGUACGGGAACGCUGAGAGAGCCAAAUCCAUGUUUGACAAGGUCCUGAGUACCUACCCCAAACGCACAGACCUGUGGUCCGUGUUUAUAGACCUGAUGGUGAAGCACGGCUCUCAGAAGGAAGUGAGGGAGCUUUUUGAUCGUGUGAUUCACCUGAGCGUGUCGGUGAAGAAGAUCAAGUUCUUCUUUAAGCGUUACCUGGAGUACGAGAAGAAGAACGGCACACCUGAGACCAUGCAGGCGGUCAAACAGAAGGCUCUAGAAUAUGUGGAGUCCAAAGGAGCAGAAGCUGCCAGCUAGAGCCCGUCUAUUUUACCUGAAGAUUAAUAGGAUAUUUGAGGAGCAUCUUUAAUCCUC